GUGUUGCUCAGCGGAGUCUUGCGGAGGUUUUCGAUGUGUGUGUGUUCCUUGGAAGUGACCUUGAGACUGUGGGUUACUCGGCUGCCCGAUCAAGCUCUUUCGUCCAAUCGACUGAAUCCCCAGGAACGGUCGAUCUCGCUGCAGGAGGAUGUUUGUCGUGUGCAGAUUGAUUGCGCCGAGCAUACGAUCUCAGAAGAGCACAGGUGCAGGUGCGGGUGCAGUCGCCGUGCGCGUGUCGUCAGGGAAAGAUCCUUUUUGUCGUCGCCGUCCAGUGAUACGUAUCAAGCACAAGUAUGGUAGGCGAGGUGCACGGGAACCCAGCGUGCGCUAUGUCCGUCGUUACGAAGAGGUGGAAGCCGGACAAAAUGCGCCCGGUGUGAUUGAGGAUUGCUGGAGAUGGAUGGAGAGAAGGGCUCGAUUUCAACUUUUUAGUGGAGCCGCAUCGCGCCCCACUUUCGCACGCCGCCUAGCAGUAGCAACACCACCCUUCCCUGAUGCCGUUGACAGAGUGGGACCAAUGUUCUUGUGCUUGUGUUCUACAAUGAUGCUAUUCACAGAACCUGCGGCGAGUCCCAACAGUUUUCUGCCUCAAUUUUAAGCAUUGAAUUUAUCGAAGAAGAAAAAGGGUGGUU